UUCAAAUAAGGCACCAUGCGGAACUCAGAUGUGGUACCUUCAUCUUCAAAUCGACAUACAUCUCGAUGUCUGCCCCCUCUAUAGCCCCGUCUAGCGCUUUAGCUCGCGGCGCCUUUACGACAACUCCAACCCCCUCAGAUCCCUACUGUUACCAGGUGGGGUUUGGGAACAGGUUCGCAACAGAGGCUAUUCCAGGAACAUUGCCUUUGGGCCAGAAUACUCCCCAGCGUUGCAAAUACGAUCUUGUAUCGGAACAACUCAAUGGCACGCCCUUUGUCGCACCGCGUGCGUCACAGCUCCAUGCAUGGUUCUAUCGCAUCAAGCCUUCGGUCGUCCAUAAACCUUUGAAGAGAUGGCCCAAGAACCCGGACCUAGAAGCUGUCUUCUCUGCUCUAAACCCUAAUACGAUCUUCACUCCACAAGACAUGGGAUGGGACAAGUUUCCGUUACCGGAGCCUUCGCAGCCUGUAGACUUCAUCGGCGGUCUGAAGACGAUCGCUGGGCAUGGAGAACCUUCAUUGAAGGAGGGCCUGGCUGUUCACGUCUAUAUGGCGAACACAUCGAUGCAGAACAAGGCAUUUUGCAACAAUGAUGGCGAGAUGCUUAUCCUCCCACAGGAAGGCCGGUUAGACAUUCAGACAGAAUUCGGACGGCUGAUGGUUCAGCCUGGUGAAUUGGUUGUAAUUCCUGCCGGUGUGCGUAUCAAGGUAUCGUUGCCGGAUGGCAUUGGACGGGGUUAUAUUCAAGAAAUCUACGGAAGUCAUUACGUGCUCCCUGAAUUGGGACCCAUUGGGUCUAAUGGAAUGGCCAUGCCUCGUGAUUUCGAGAUCCCCGUUGCCAGCUUCGAUAUUGAUCACAGUAAUACCUGGGAGAUUGUGGUCAAGCUUGCUGGCGAAUUGUUUGGGUAUGAGCAGAAUCAUACCCCUUUUGACGUAGUCGCUUGGCAUGGAAACUACACUCCGUACAAGUACGCGCUGGAGAAAUUCAUCAACUCAGCCACUGUCGAUCGAGAACAAAGCGAUCCAUCCAUAUACUGCGUGCUGACGGCGCCAUCUAAGGUCUCUAGUAUUGCAUUAACAGAGCUUCUUGUUUUCACACCCAAAUGGAAUGUCACUACAAAUACCUUCCGCCCGCCUUACUACCACCGCAAUGUCGCCACUGAGCUGAUGGGUAUGAUAUACGGAACAUGGACCGGCUCAGCGACACAUUUAGAGCCAGGCGGAUUAACAUAUGAGCCAAGUUUUAUGCCACAUGGAGAGUCGUAUAAACGAUGGAAGGAGGCGACGAGUGCAGAUUUGCCGCCUUUGAGGGUGAAUGAGAGGGCUAUAGCGUUUAUGAUGCAUAUUUCGGGCCAUAUAUCACUGACUAAAUAUGCGUUGGAAAGGACUGGAAAAUUGCAGGAGCAGAGAGAAGAUUUGUGGGAUGAUUGGUCAGGGGGUUUCUUAGAUCAUUUGUCAGAGGUGAAUCAGGAUCUCAUUAAGGCCGGGCUGCCUCCUCUUGACAAAUUGAAUAAAUUUUAGGGAAGUAUAAUUUUUCAGUCUCUUCAGCCAUUUGAGAAAUGAUAGGGAGCUUUCAAGCACCAAAAAUGCAUCUAUUGUCUACUCCUAUGA